GUCAAAUCUUACAUCUCAAUUUAACGAUUGGCUGACCAAAUUUAUCAGUGUGAUGUCAAAUUUCGACUAUCAUGAAUGAAAAUCGUAAACAAAUUCUAGAAUCUAUCAAGGUGCAAAGGAAAGUCGUUCGUAAAUAAACUGAGCUGUAAAGGAGCUGAAGAAGCAGUUAUCACCGGUGUAGAGUAUUUUAGCAGAAAGUGAACCGUAAAAUGAUUCGUAAAGUUGGUUUUUAUUUUCGGAGCCAACUCACGUCUAAUAAUUUGAUUAGUGACAAAUGCCGCGCACUUCCACAUUAUUCUGCAAACCGGUACAAAACGAAUUCGGCCGCAUUGGAACAUCGGCUUAACCAGAUUGAUGAAGAGGUUGCUAAACUGUUGGCACUGAAAGCAUCUCUUCAAAAUGAACCAGUCACAAAGCAGCAGUAUGUUCUUAAAACAGAAAAAGGGACAAGAGAUUAUGGUCCGCAGGAAAUGGCCCUUCGACAGGGAGUUUUUGAUAAGAUUAUAGCAGUGUUCAAGAAACAUGGUGCAGAGACCAUAGACACUCCGGUCUUCGAACUGAAGGAUGUUCUCACCAGAAAAUAUGGCGAAGAUUCGAAACUCAUCUACGACCUCAAAGAUCAGGGAGGUGAACUUCUAUCAUUACGCUACGAUCUCACAGUGCCUUUAGCUCGCUACUUAGCAAUGAACCAAAUACAAAGCUUUAAACGGUAUCACAUAGCAAAGGUGUAUCGUCGGGAUGAAGCAAACAUGAAUAAAGGUCGAUAUCGGGAAUUUUACCAAUGUGACUUCGACAUAGCUGGUAGCUAUGAUCCAAUGCUGCCAGAUGCCGAAUGCGUCAAAGUCGUAUCGGAAAUACUCAAAUCGUUGGAUGUUGGUCAAUAUGCCAUAAAACUAAAUCAUCGUCAACUGCUCGAUGGAGUGUUUGAGGCAUGUGGCGUACCAGCUCAUAAAUUUCCAGCGAUUUCUUCGUCGGUCGAUAAAUUAGACAAAUUAUCGUGGCCGGAAGUUCGAAAGAAAAUGAUCGAUGAAAAAGGCUUGAGUCCGAGUGCAGCUGAUCAGAUCGGUGAAUAUGUUCGGAUGAAUGGUGGCGUUGAAUUGAUUGAAAAACUGCUCGAUGAUCCCAAGUUGAAGAAUGUUCCAGCUGCCGUUAACGGAUUGGAAGCGAUGAAACUGUUGUUGCACUAUUGCAAGCUGAUGAACUUGUCAAAUGAAAUUUCAUUGGAUUUAAGCUUGGCACGAGGAUUGGAUUACUAUACUGGUGUUAUUUAUGAGACAGUGUUAACAGAUGAGAGUGGCAAGGUUGGAUCCAUAGCUGGUGGUGGUCGUUAUGAUAAUCUAGUCAGUUCGUUUGAUCCGAAAAACAGACAAGUACCAUGCGUUGGUCUCUCCAUUGGUAUUGAACGAAUUUUCGCUGUGUUAGAAGCAAAAUAUGCCACUACGAAGACUUCCAUUCGUACAACUGAUGUGGACGUCUAUGUAGCCUCAGCACACAAAGGACUACAUGAAAAACGAUUAGAAUUACUGUCACAGCUGUGGGAUGCCGGUAUUAAAACGGAACACUCAUACAAACGGAAUCCGAAGCUGCUGAACCAACUGCAAUAUUGUGAAGGACGAGGCAUUCCAUAUGCAUUAGUGCUUGGUGACUCAGAGUUUGAACGUGGUGUGGUUAAGAUCCGCGAUGUUACGACCAGGGCAGAAGUUGAUAUUCCACUGAACCAUUUGGUUGAUGAAAUACGGAAACGUUUAGCUGAUCUGAAAUAGUUGUCAGACUGAGGGUGGUAGGCUUUCUUGUCUAGUUGGACUGCAGUUAUGAAAUAAAUUUUUAUCAAAUGAA